ACUUCAUUAGAUCUCAAAUCACCUCAUGAGCAGCAAGGACAAUAAUCUGAAAACAGCGAUUAAAAAGAUCUAUAGAUCAGAGCAACAGAUGGAGUUCUGGCCCGAGAAUCAGGGGCAGUCCCCUCUAUACUCCAAAUUUGGUACUAUUCCUCGGCGAAAUUGUACACAUAACUACCAUGACAGACAUCAGGUACCCCAUUAUCCACUGUACUAUGGUGAGCAGCAGGAUCAGGGCAGGGAGUCCAGUUACUGGACUGUACCAGGAUCAAGAACAGGAGGGGCGCCACAGGAAUACACUAAUUGGAUGGACCAAGAGCUGACUGUCCCAACUUCUUCUCAAUUCCCUUUUAUUCUAGACCGUCACGUACAGCAGCACCAGGACCUUGGUGACUAUCAGCCGCAUGAAGGCAGAGACACAGAGUGGCUAGCAGCUCAGGGAACAGUGAGGGAACAUGAGAGAGGAUUUCUAAGGGAGGGAUGGCAGAGGAGGUGGGAGCCCCGUGGUCCUGUUCGCUACAACAGGGACGUUUCUGGCAAGAGGAGCGACAGCAGCUAUCGAGAGCUGGAGGCUUGGGCAGCUCGAUACAGCCAUUCACUUCCAAGGAAGAGACGUAUAGAGGCAGAGUUGAGGGGAGCUUCUAAGGGGCUGUUGGAGAGCAGCAGGACUCCUGAGAGGGACAGCAGGAUUGGGACAGAUCCUAGAGUGGUAAGAGAGCAACAAGUCAGACAAUCUGCAAACAUCAGAGAAUCAGGACUGUGGGACAGAGGGGGCACACAGCAAGCACCAACCUAUUAUUCAUCACAAACUCCUGCCACAGACACAAGCCACAUGUUGGACAUAAAAGAAAAGACCGGCUACCAACGGAGGAUGUUCAGCCAACCUCCGGGCUACAUUGCUCCUCCUCCCUAUAACAGCUCACAUAAAGAUUCACCUGUAUUGCAUCAUUGUGACACCAGUUGGGAGCAAGAACGUAAGAGGCAGGCCUACUGGUCUCAGUUCUCACCCAGAAAGCACAAUGUCUCUGUAGAUCUGCAGGAUCUUAGCAAAGGAGAGAAGGAGGAGUUUACAAAAUCAGAUGGGAAUCAAAGCAGCUUCCCAGAGCACAGACGACAGGAAUCAGAUGCUUUCUAUGCAAGCAGUCCUUUUAGUAUCCAGGAAACACCCCUACAAUAUGAGGGUACGUUGUCUCUUCAACAGCCACAAGUGUUACAAGCAGUUGAUAAGAAAAAGACAAAUGAGGAACCAUCCUCAAAAGUCAUUGAAGGAAGGAAGUUCAGGUUAAACAAAAAGACAGGUGGGAUGACCAUAUUCUGCCUGGUGUCUCGAAUAGCAGGCACCACAGAAACCCCAUCUUUUCCCAUUUGUACCUCGCAAACAAACACCGAAUUAGAAGGCGUUUCUAAAGGUCUAAGGGACAGUAGUGGCAGUAAUCAUACACACAAACUUGCAGAUGAGGUAGACUGCAGAGAGCCAUCACCCACAGGGCAGUCAAACACUUCUGAUGCGAGAAAUGUCAAAGCCAAACAGGAGACACCAACUUGUGUAGAAAGUAAGAUGCGUGAGGAUGAAAUAUUGAACAAAGCAGAGACAGAUGGUGUUGUCCCAGAAAAAUUGAAUACAAAUGAUGCUUAUUCUACAUAUGGGAGACAAGUUGCUGAGUCUGUGCAACCUGUGUCAAUCAAAUACCCUUUGUGGAGGGAGCCUAGUAUCACAGGCAGGGCUGAAACUAAGAGCUCAUCCAAAUGUUUGAAAGCAAACAGUGAGGAAAGAGAAUCAGAUGGUUUGCACAAGCAAGAAGACUUAAGUAAAGUUAAUCCAAUUGAUGUUGAAGUAAGGAGACUGGACAUCGAAACAGACAAAGAUUCUGAAAACAGUAAGGUUCUACUGGUUAUCGACACAACUUGUGUUGUUGUUAAAAUGGAGUUGAUUCCAUCACCCAAGAAAGAGCAUGUUCACUAUUUACACCCUGAACAGAGUCCACUUGAUAUUCAAUCGACCGUCUCUCCUGAAUGUCUCCAAUCAAACAGUCAGCUGAAUCAGGAUGUGACAACUGACCAAAACUCAGAAAGCAACCUCUUCCAAUUUAAUGAAAGGCCUGAAACCAAACUACACUCAGGUCUUAUAGAGAAAAAGGCAACUGAAGAAGAAAGUAAAAUAUCUUCCUUCUGCAUGUCCUCAUCUUCAGUUUCUGAAAGGGAAACGUUGGAGGAGCGCGCUGAAAGGAUCCUGGGAAUCCCUCUAGAUGACUGCGUUACUAAGCAGCAACGUGAAGAUUCAAAGUUGAUUCUUGACUCGUGUGUGGAGGACCAGGAGGUUCAACCAUCUCCAAUUAAAGAUAAAAACGUUGAUGAUGCAGCUGAACAAAUCCCAGAGUACACAAAAGAAGAGGAGCAGUCACAGAACCAGUUUGAGGUUGGCCAAACUGAGGAGGCUGCGUGUUUGCAAGAGAAUGAUGGUGCCAUAGAUCAGGCGGCAAAUGAAGGUGCUGAGGAUUUUGCAGGACUACAGGUUCAGGUGUCUAAUCUCUCUGAGGAGAAUGACUGCCAACUCAAAACUGACAUCCAACCUUCACCUGAAAUUGAAAUGACUGAGGAUCCUCUGCUGGAACCUGCUAGGGAUGAGGGUAGUACUGAGCAGGAAGAAAAUCAGCCUAUUGAAAAUCAUACCUCCUCUAAGUGUCUCAGUCCACCCAGCAACCUCUCGUAUUCGUCUUCACUUUCACCCUCCCCAGACUGCGAAGUGCCAAACCCUACUUUUUCUCUCAUGCUCUCAUCCUCUGAUCUUGUCCCUUUCAUGCAUAUUUUAGAAUCAAACAUAGAGGAAGGUCCUGAUCCUGAGUUGAAUGCCCUCACUUCCACAGAAAACCUUGCUCUUCACCCUGAAACCUCAUCUCUUCAUUACACCCCAUCAACUCUUCCUUCUCGAUCCAAUAACUUUUCCCUAAGCUCCAUUCCCCAUACAGACCAGUCCCCAAGCCCGUCUCCUCUUGAUUUAAUAGAUCAAACUGCAGAAGCUUUAUUCAGUGUUGAGGACCAGGUAAAAGAGGAGGAAGCAUCACAACUAAUAAACAACAUUGCCAAAGAAAUGAAAGAGGAGCUGUUAUUACAGCAACAAUUUGAAAGUGGCCAACCAGAUGAUGAUGCUUGUGUGAAUGAGAGCACUGUCACCAAUGAGCAACAAACAGAAGAAGCCAAUAAGGAUCCUACAGGCUAUACUAUGGAACCAAUUCUUAAAAUAUCCAAAGAAAAUGGCAUGGAGGUUGAUAUUCUGCAGCAACAACAUGGAUAUGUCCUAGCAGAGGAUGCUACUAGUGUUAAAGAGAGUCAUAUGACUGAAGAGCAACUACCAAAAGAAGUUGAUGAUGAUCCUACAGGUCUUUUGGAACAGACUGUAUCCCAACAAUACAUGACUGACACUCAAAUUCAAAAAGAAGUCAACAUUUUGCGGCAACAAUUUGAUGAUGAGGAGCAAUCACAAAAAGAAGCUGAUGAGGAGCCUACAGGUUUUAUAGAGCAGACACUAUCCACAGAAAAUGCUACAGACUCUCAAACUCAAAUAGAUAUCAACAUUUUGCAGGACAUUGAACCACAGACUGAAACCUCUAACUCUUCUCCUCCCUCAACUUCAGAUUCAGACUGCCAGGUGUCUCAAUCACCAGAUGUGCUCUCACCCUCCAAGCUUUCUUCUUGGCAAGACACAUCAAAUGAGUCAGAUGCAGAGCUUGUUACUAUUUUGGAAAUGGACUCAGUCCGUCUCCCAGCUCUAAAUCCUGAUGCUGCUCCGGCUGCUGGCAUCCCAAAAACUGUCCCUCCUCCUCUUCAUAUGGACUCUUGUGAAGAACCCCUUCAGUUCUCAUAUCCCUUUAGCACGGAUUCCUCCACAGAGCUGCCUUCAACUCCUCCUCUACAAGAGGGAAGUGGAAGUGUUGACCCUGACCUGACCAUCAAAGAAGAGCCCCAGUAUCCCAAGAACCUGUGGGAUGCAGUUAAUCGCAUUAGGAAACAUACAGCGCCUGACUCUGAGAAUGAGGAAGAGGAAGUGAGUGAGCUGUGGGAUCCAGAGAGUGUAGUGGAGGACUUGGAUGUGAUAGUCGGCAUACAUUCUAAUAGGAUAGACUUUGACGGAGCGGGGCAACAGGAAGUUUCAACAGAAAGAAGUGUUGUGGAUGUAGAGGUGGGACAAAUCCAGGCGGAUUAAUGCCAUGAAGAGCCUUUACAUGCUGAAGAAGACACACAGUCAUGCAGCAGCACCUGCAGCCAAGGCUCUGGGGACACCGUUAUUGUAGCAGAUGAGGACGAGGUUGAAGAAUCGCCACCUGAUUUCAGAAUGGAGAGCAAGGCUGAGGGGGAGCGAUGCUUCUCUGCUAAAGUAAAAGAUGAGACUGCAGCUAAGGAAGAGGGAAAUAAUGAUGCCGACAAGAGUGUAACAAAUAAGUCUAGUCAGAGGGAGGAGUGCCUGGUUGAGAUGGUGAAUACAACAAUGCAGGCAGUGGAAAUGACAGAAGCAAAGCAAGAAGAAGAGGAGGUGGUUUCCGUGCCCUCAGAGGUCUCCGAUUAAAGGAUGAUUGAAAGUAUGUCUUUAAAAUAACUGGAUAAACAAGGAGCGCUAGUAUGAUGUUGAGUUAAACAUCUAACAACUCAGUAGGCCUACUAUCUACAUUUGAAUUGUGCCUAAUAAGGAAUGAAAGUAUUUUCCUCAAUAACAUUUUGUAGCAGAUUUUUUAUGUAUCUUUUAGUUUUAGUCUAAUCCUAGAGCUGUUAUUUUUGAUGGGUAAGUGAUGAUUCAUUUCCUGUUAUAGAAAUGUAGCAAUUUGACAUCUAACAUAGCCAAACCAUCUGUUUGACAGAUUUAUUCUUGUAAAGCAGAUCUUACAUACUUUUCUUGAAAUCUAUGUAUCUGCUUUUUCCACAGAGUGUUUAAGGUUGAUACUGUAUGUGGCUGUGAAAUUAUGAAAGUCCAUGUAUUAAAAUAUUUGAAUAUUUGGAUUGA